CUUAGCUUGUUGACAGCAGCAAUCAAUUAUUUUCUUACCCUAAAGAUUUUGUCUGAGCUUUAUAUGACUUAUAUGACUAUCGAAACAUUUAAUUAAAUCAAACUUUUGUUUUUCCCCUAUUAGCUAGCUAUCAAGGUUGGUUCUAGCUGGUUUUCAUCUUUACAAACAGCUCUAAAAAGUAUUUUUUUGGACAUAUUAUUGUUCAUAAUGACGAACUGUUUGCUGAUGAAAGAGAGCCCUAUGAUAAUUGCGCUUAAUAAGGAGAAGACAGUCUACGACGGGUUCAUCAAAGUGUUGGAAAAAGACUUCAGGAUAAGAAUAUCUUUACCCCCUGAUUAUCAGAUGAAACAGGCAAAAUUGCACAGUUGUUGGCAAUUGAAACGGUUACUUCAUGGUUAUCAACGUAUUGUGAAACAGAGAUUACAGCAUUCAGCUAAUUUGAUGUGUUUUAUCUUGGAACUCAGGACUGUAUUGGAAGUGGCGAUGAAGAACCAACCAGGAUGUCAGUCCUUUUCACCACCUCACUAUUACUCCCAGCUGAUAACAGAGAUGGAGAUCUUAGGAUGGGAUAAGCUGAUCUUCAUUGAUGCAGAGUUCAGCACACUGAAGCUGAAAGCAGAGGACUCUGCUGGUCGUCAACAUGUAAUUAAAAUCAAGCUCAAGUCCAAGUAUCCAGCGGAGGCCCCAGACUUUUCUGCAGAUCUUCCUGUUCCAUUGGUCAUUACAUGGACAUCACAGAGCUCUUUGGCUCAUGUCCACAGUCAGUUCCUGUUAAACGUGGAAGCUUUGUCCGAGUUCUGGAUGGUUUUGGAUGAGAUAGAUGAGCAGACGUGGGUGUUGGAACCGGAAAAAGCCACUAAAGCAGACUCCAUGAGGAGGAUAGCUAUCGGAAACAAUGUCUCAAUAAAGGUACAAAUUGAUCCUAGACACCCGAAAAUGCUGCCGGAGUGUUGCUUGCUUGGGGCUGAACACGUGGUCACACCCCUAAGGAACAAGUUGAAUGCCAAUAUGCACUUAUGGAACCCUGACUGCAGUGUCCUACAGAAUAUGAAGGAUGUGUUGGAGAUAGAAUUUCCAUCGCCUACCACCCACGAAAAAUCUAGUUUCAGUGUUGAGUGUGGCAUCUGCUACUCUUAUCGGCUUGAGUCAGCCAUUCCAGAUCAGGUCUGCAAUGACCCACGCUGUGGCCAGCCUUUUCAUCAGGUCUGCCUUUAUGAGUGGCUGAGAGGUCUGCCCACCAGUCGACAAAGCUUCAAUAUUGUAUUUGGAGAAUGUCCUUAUUGCAGCAAGCCCAUCACUGUGAAAGUGAUCACACGAAACCCAUAACUACUAUUUUUUCAUUCAGAGCAAUGCUCAUGUGGCAUGAUUAUUAAACUCUUUUACAUCUGCAAAUACUGAAAAGACAUUUGAGUUAUCGGGACAGUCCAAGUCGAAGGACAGUACCAAAGACAAUCAAUAUAAUGAUAACUAAGAGGAUUAAGAUUAGUUUGUCUUUGCUUGUCCUGAUAUUCCAUUUUGACUGAUUGUGGAUUUCUGAUACCCUGAAGUCACCCCCCUCUCUGUGAUUGUACUUAGUCGAUUAAUCUUCCCAUCCACCGACAGCACUUCCCCAGCAAUCUUCACCAUAAUUAGAUUCCUUCCAAUGGUUCUGAUUCCAAUUGUGUUUCCUAUUGUAGUUCCUCCAGUAGUCGUCUUCACUGCUGGGUAUUGUGUAUAUAAGUAUUGUGGUAUAUGUUUGCCGAUGCUCACAGUGAUGGUUUUCUCCCUCCCAUCAUGGUCAUACAGGCCUCACCCUCAUGAAAGUCCAUAUUCCUCACAAUUUUUAUGUUUUCACAAUAUUAAAAAUGUUAACGAGAAGGCGCUAUUAUUAAUAGUGCACAUAAGAAAUAAACAUCUGCUGCAAAUCAUCUGUUUUUCUACAGAAAAUAUUGAUCAGUUUUGUUGACUAGGAAAAGUUAAUUAUUGAUUUUGGGCAUUUUAUUUGUGUUCUGUUGCUGGCAUUACUUGUUUGAGUGCCUGUCGCUGCCAUGCCCCUGCUCUUGUUCUGGGAUGAACUUGUGGAGGCAGGGUCUCUGCAGUACUCAUCUCUCUCGGAGCAUAGGCUUUUGUCUGGAACGUCAUUUAGCAGCUACAUUAGCUUUGUAUGGUCUCUGUUAAGAUGACACCAAAGCAUCAUUUAAGGUGAAUGUAUUAAACCAGUGAUUUUCAACUGGUGGGUCGUGAUACAAAAAUUUGUUGCAGGUCUGUUAUGAUUAUGGACACCAGAAGGCGUUUGAUGCUGACAUCAAAGGCUUUGCAUCCAAUUAAACUCUAAGGCAUUUUUGUGCAAAUUCCUUCACUGUCAUUGUUCACUUGGAAGAAACUAGUCAAAUUAGGCAAUGCCAAUAUGCACAAGUUGUGAGAUGCCCUCAAAAAUACCCAAGGUAAAAAUAAAUAGAGGUUUGGUACUGGGUUGGGUCGCCACAUGAUUUCCAAUUUAACUGGAUCCUGAAGCAAAACCAGUUGACAACCAAUGUAUUAAACCUCAGUUUGAUAGCACCAUCUAUUUUGUAUGUGUAUAAGAAAAAAAAAUUUGAACAACCUGAACAGCUACUUGUAUAUUGUUUUUAGAAUUAUAACCAUUCAUUUGAAGUUGACCCAAAAAACUCUUCAUCAUCACCUUCCCUCACUGUCACCACAGGCUUUGAUCUGGAUGUUUUUUUUUCAAGUAGGCUUGUGUUGGCUUGCGGCCUGUGGGAGAAAAUUUAGUGAAGUGCAUGUUAAA